AUGGAGAACGCAACCAUAGCCAGCGGGCUGCCCCCGCUGCCCGACUACACCCUCUAUCCGCUCCCGCCCCUCGUUCCCGGCAUUCCCGACAAGUACCUUACGCUUGCCCUGCCCAUCAUUGCCUACUGGAGCGUCUCCAUGAUCUUCCACUUGAUUGAUCUCUGGGAUCUCUUUCCGCACCACCGCCUGCAUACUCCGGUCGAGCUCACCCAGCGGAACCAUGUCUCGCGCUACGAGGUCUUCCGCGACGUUGUCCUCCAGCACUUUAUCCAGACCGUGGCCGGCGUGGCGCUCGCAUGGUACGAUCCGGAGCCGACUUUCGGACGGGAGGACUACGAUGUUGCUGUGUGGGCACAGAGGAUCAGAUAUGCCGAGAGGGCUGUUCCCUUUGUCCUCGGUGCAAUUGGGUUUGACGCACCCGCCUUCGCCAAGGACCUCUCCGAGUCUUUCCCCAUGCUUGCCGGCGUCCUUGCCGGCGGAAGGUACCCAUGGUUGACUCAAGAGAUCGUGUCUGGCGACCGCCUCCUUAGCGCACCCGCAUUCGCCUCUUGGGAGCUCAGUCUCGCCAAGUUUGUCUACUGGGCCGCCAUUCCGGCCGUGCAGUUCGCCGUAGCUGUUUUGAUUGUGGAUACCUGGCAGUACUUCUGGCACCGCGCGAUGCACUUGAACAAGUGGCUGUACACGACCUUCCACUCCCGCCACCACCGUCUAUACGUCCCCUAUGCAUACGGCGCUCUCUACAACCACCCGGUUGAGGGCUUUCUCUUGGACACUCUCGGCGCUGGAAUCGCCUAUCUUGUGACGGGCAUGAGCAUCCGCCAAUCCAUGUGGUUCUUCACCGGCUCCACCAUCAAGACUGUCGAUGAUCACUGCGGCUACGCCUUCCCCAUGGAUCCCCUCCAGUUCAUCACGUCCAACAAUGCGGAAUACCACGAUAUCCACCACCAAAGCUGGGGCAUCAAGACGAACUUCUCGCAGCCUUUCUUCACCUUCUGGGAUAGGCUUUUGGGUACCAUGUUCACCGGUGACGUUACGCGCAAGUACGAGCGCGCUCGCAAGGCUGCCGAAAAGAAGGCAGACGUGGACGUGCUGAAGCCACACUUCCUGCCCCCUGCGCUGCAGCCCGACGGCGUGUCUACCUCGGAGUCGACUUCGGACAAGGAGCAGCCGCAGCCUGCGCUUAGGAGGAGCCCACGGAAGAAGGACCCCAGCGCCUCGCAACAAACGGCAAACUUGAAGGGUCUCAGGGACCGGGUCAACAGCAACCUUCAAGGCAAGAGUCCCAAUGUUCUCGGCGUCGAAAGUAGCCAUUAG